AUGGAGGCCGGGCCCGAGGACUUCGUCCCCCCACCCGAGUGCCCUGUCUUCGAGCCAAGCUGGGCUGAGUUCCGGGACCCGCUGGGCUACAUCGCCAAGAUCCGGCCCAUCGCCGAGAAAUCGGGCAUCUGCAAGAUCCGGCCGCCGCCGGACUGGCAGCCUCCCUUUGCUGUGGAAGUGGACAACUUUAGGUUCACCCCCCGGAUCCAGAGGCUCAACGAAUUGGAGGCCCAGACCAGGGUGAAGCUGAACUACCUGGACCAGAUCGCCAAGUUCUGGGAGAUCCAGGGCUCCUCCCUGAAGAUCCCCAAUGUGGAGCGGCGCAUCCUGGACCUCUACAGCCUCAGCAAAAUUGUCAUAGAGGAGGGAGGUUAUGAGGCCAUCAGCAAGGACCGCCGAUGGGCCCGUGUGGCCCAGCGCCUCAACUAUCCAGCGGGCAAGAACAUUGGUUCCCUGCUUCGUUCUCACUAUGAGCGGAUUGUCUAUCCCUAUGAGAUGUACCAAUCUGGAGCCAAUCUGGUGCAAUGUAACACGAGGCCAUUUGAUAGUGAAGAGAAGGAUAAAGAGUACAAACCCCACAGCAUCCCCCUGCGGCAGUCGGUACAACCCUCCAAGUUCAACAGCUAUGGAAGGCGGGCCAAGAGGCUACAGCCUGAUCCGGAACCCACUGAAGAGGACAUUGAGAAGAACCCUGAGCUGAAGAAGCUUCAGAUCUAUGGGGCUGGUCCUAAGAUGAUGGGCCUGGGCCUCAUGGCCAAGGAUAAGAGCCUUCGGAAGAAGGAUAAGGAUGGCCCCGAAUGUCCCCCCACAGUAGUGGUGAAGGAGGAGGUGGGCCCAGAGCCGAAGCUGGAGCCAGCCUCCCCUAAAGCCUUCAUGGAUGGCAAAGAGGAGCUGAGCCAUAGCCCAGAACCCUGCACCAAGAUGACCAUGCGGCUGAGAAGGAACCAUAACAAUGCUCAGUUUAUCGAAUCCUAUGUGUGCCGGAUGUGUGCCCGAGGGGACGAGGAUGACAAGCUUCUGCUGUGCGAUGGCUGUGAUGACAAUUACCACAUCUUUUGCCUCCUGCCACCCCUGCCUGAGAUCCCCAAAGGCAUUUGGCGCUGCCCAAAGUGUGUCAUGGCGGAAUGUAAACGCCCUCCAGAGGCCUUUGGCUUUGAGCAGGCUACGCGGGAAUACACACUGCAAAGCUUUGGCGAGAUGGCCGACUCCUUCAAGGCCGACUACUUCAACAUGCCUGUGCACAUGGUACCCACAGAGUUGGUAGAGAAAGAAUUCUGGCGUCUUGUGAACAGCAUUGAAGAAGAUGUGACUGUAGAAUAUGGAGCUGACAUCCACUCCAAGGAAUUUGGCAGUGGCUUCCCCAUCAGUGACAGCACAAGGCACCUGUCCCCUGAGGAGGAGGAGUAUGCGGCCAGCGGUUGGAAUCUGAACGUCAUGCCUGUACUUGAGCAAUCGGUCCUGUGCCACAUCAAUGCUGACAUCUCUGGCAUGAAGGUGCCCUGGCUCUAUGUGGGCAUGGUGUUCUCAGCCUUUUGUUGGCACAUCGAGGACCACUGGAGCUACUCCAUUAACUACCUCCACUGGGGCGAGCCUAAGACGUGGUACGGCGUCCCGUCAUUUGCAGCUGAGCACCUGGAGGAGGUGAUGAAGAAGCUGACACCAGAGUUAUUUGACAGCCAGCCCGACCUCCUUCACCAGCUGGUUACACUCAUGAAUCCCAACACACUUAUGGCGCAUGGGGUGCCGGUUGUCCGCACUAAUCAGUGUGCAGGGGAGUUUGUCAUCACCUUUCCCCGAGCCUACCACAGUGGCUUCAACCAAGGCUACAACUUUGCAGAAGCUGUCAACUUCUGCACUGCUGACUGGCUGCCCGCAGGGCGUCAAUGCAUCGAGCACUACCGUCGGCUCCGGCGCUACUGUGUCUUCUCCCAUGAAGAACUCAUCUGCAAGAUGGCUGCAUGCCCUGAAAAGCUGGAUCUGAACCUGGCUGCUGCUGUGCACAAGGAGAUGUUCAUCAUGGUUCAGGAGGAGCGGCGGCUACGCAAGGCCCUGCUUGAAAAGGGCAUCACAGAGGCAGAACGGGAAGCCUUUGAGUUGCUCCCCGAUGAUGAGCGCCAGUGUGCCAAGUGUAAGACGACAUGCUUCCUGUCUGCGUUGGCCUGUUAUGACUGCCCUGACGGGCUCGUCUGCCUGUCCCACAUUGAUGACCUCUGUAAAUGCCCCACCAGCAAGCAAUACCUAAGAUACCGGUACACACUGGAUGAGUUACCUGCCAUGCUGCAUAAACUGAAGGUGCGGGCUGAGUCCUUCGAUACCUGGGCCAGCCAAGUGCGUGCGGCUCUGGAGUUGGAAGAUGGGCGGAAGCGCAGCCUGGAGGAGCUCAGGGCCCUGGAGUCCGAGGCCCGAGAACGCCGCUUCCCUCACAGUGAGCUCCUACAGCAGCUGAAGGACUGCCUGCGCCGAGCCGAGGCCUGUGUCUCCCGGGCCCUGAGGCUGGUCAGCAGUCGGGAGGCAGGGGACAUGGAGCCCAGUGGGGAGCGGCGGGUCCCUAGGGCAGCACCCCCCCAUCUGACCCUGGAGGAGCUCCAGGAGUUCAUUGAGGAGAUGAGCAGCCUGCCUUGUGCCAUGCACCAGCUUGGCGAGGUCAAGAGCAUCCUGGAGCAGGUGGAGGCUUUUCAGGUCCAGGCCCAGACAGCUCUGGCCUCCCUGCCAGCCAGCCUGGGCCACCUACCCAGCCUGCUGGAACAGGCUCAUCUCCUGGGUGUGGAGGUGCCUGAGGCUGGGCAGCUGAAACUACAGGUGCAGCAGGCCCACUGGCUGGAUGAGGUGAAGAGGGCCCUGGCACCACCAGCCCAGCGGGGCACCUUGGCUGUUAUGCGGGGGCUGCUAGUGUCAGGAGCUGGUGUGACACCCAGCCCUGCUGUGGAUAAAGCCCGAGCUGAGUUGCAGGAGCUUCUUGCCAUUGCUGAGCGCUGGGAGGAGAAGGCCCAUCUUUGUCUGGAGGCCAGGCAGAAACACCCUCCUGCCACCCUUGAGGCCAUAAUCCGAGAGGCUGAGAACCUCCCCGUCCACCUGCCCAACAUCCUGGCUCUGAAAGAGGCCCUCGGCAAGGCUCGGGCUUGGAUUGCGGAUGUGGAUGAGAUCCAGAACGGUGAUCACUACCCAUGCUUGGAUGACUUGGAGGGCCUGGUGGCUGUGGGCCGGGACCUGCCUGUGGGCCUUGACGAACUGAGGCAGCUAGAGUUGCAGGUGCUGACGGCCCACUCCUGGCGGGAGAAAGCUUCCAAGACCUUCCUCAAGAAAAACUCCUGCUAUACUCUGCUUGAGGUGCUGUGUCCGUGUGCAGAUGCUGGCUCAGAGAGCAUGAAGAGAGACAGAUGGAAGAGGGAGAAGGAACUGGGCCUCGACAGAUCAGACACUGAGCUCUUGGGACUGUCUGCCCAGGACCUCAGAGACCCAGGCUCUGUGAUCCUGGCCUUCAAGGAGGGUGAGCAGAAAGAGAAGGAAGGCAUCUUACAUCUGCGCCGUGCCAAUGCAACCAAGCCACGCCCAUCAGAUCUCAAACUCACUGGCUCCCCCUCAGCUUUGCCCUCACCCGAUUCCCCAUCCUGUGUGUGCGGGCAGGCACCAGUGGGUGAGGGGGCCCUACAGUGUGACCUGUGCAGGGACUGGUUCCAUGGCUGCUGUGUGUCAGCCCCACGCCUCAGUGGGCUUCGGCCCCUGAGCCCCACCCCCACAGCUCCCUUGGCCUGGUGGGAGUGGGACACUAAAUUCCUCUGCCCACUCUGCAUGCGCUCCCGUCGACCUCGCCUAGAAACCAUCUUAGCCCUCCUGGUGGCCCUGCAGAAGCUGCCGGUUCGACUUCCUGAAGGCGAGGCCCUGCAGUGCCUGACUGAGCGGGCCAUUGGCUGGCAGGGUAGGGCCCGCCGGGCCCUGGCAUCCAGGGAGGUGUCAGCACUGCUGGGUCGUCUAGCUGAGCUCCGGCAACGACUGCACCGGUCCCCAACCACCCCUCACCCCCAGCCUGGCAUCCUGGCCCAGGUCCCACUCAGGGAGAGCAGAGAUGGUGGCAAGAACGAACCUCAGGUGGCUUUGGAGAACGGAGAUGGCAUGAAAAACCCUGAGAAAGUCAGCCCUGGGAGCAGCCCAGACCUGGAGCUGCUGUCUUCACUGCUUCCCCGCCUGGAAGGACCUGUGCUCGAGUUGCCUGAGGCAGCCCGGGUACCCCUGGAGGAGCUGAUGAUGGAAGGGGAUCUGCUGGAGGUGACCUUGGACGAGAACCAUAGCAUCUGGCAGCUGCUACAGGCUGGCCGCCCCCCAGACCUACCCCGGCUCCGCACACUGAUUGAGGUGAGGGCCAGAGGGCCAGGGAGCUUGGGAAGACUGGGCUGCUCAUGGCCACCAACCUCCCUCUGCCACUUGUCCCCCCCUCAGCUGGAGAAGGCCGAGAGGCAAGGUGCCCGAGGGCGGAACCGGGCCCCUGAAAAAAGGAGGCGGCGGAAGGGGGAGCGCACAGACCUCACCAGGGAGGAGCUGGAGCCAAAGAGAGCCCGGGGCCCAGGGCACACUGAGGCAGAGGAGAUGCUGGAGGAGGAAGAGGAUGACGAGGGCGAGGCUGAUGGGACCAGAGCCGGAGACGAUGACCUUCCCCCAGUUGGUGGCACUCAGGGCUCCAGCCCUCCCCUGAGCCAGAACAGGCCCGAGGUGAGGCCAGGGAGUCAGAAGGGUGGGCCCUCUGCCAUCUGCCCCCUGCCCACCUCUCCCUGUCCCUCUGAACAACAACAGUUGUGACAAUUGGGAGCUGGACAUGUGCACAGUCCCUUGUACCUGUACCCCCACCUGACCUACCCCUGUCUUGGGAGAGGGAUAGACAUCUUGGGGUUGCAGGCAACUCAGCCACCCAGGGCUCUAUCAACUCUGGCUGCCUGGGCACUCAGGGCCCGCUGAGUCCUCAGAACUCGGGGAUGGGGGGGGGAAUGGGGGAGGAUAGGCCAAGACUGGCCUUUGGGGGUCUUAGACCCUCCCUCCUCUCCUCCCCCCAGAAGGGCCUCCUACCAGCAUUCAUUCCCUCAGAUGGGCAGGCCUGUGGUCUGCCUAAUCCUGUCUUCCUCUAGCCUCAGCCAGCACCAUUCCAGGAGUGGGUGGCAGAGAGGAGAAGGCCAGAUGCCAGCUUGGCUGACUCUGACCCUGGGGAGCAUGGGGGCUAUUGGCCCCUUCAGCUGGGGGCUAGGCUUCCACUAGCCCUCUGCUCUCUUCCCCUCCUCCCCCUCCUCUUCUUCCUCUUCCCACCCUGCACGGGGAGAGGAGAAGGGAACCAGCCCUUAGUUAGCAGACCCUCAUGGUUUUCUUUUUUUCAUUAAACCUGGGAGGUUUGAAAGAAAGCAAGCUUCUUUGGUGCUGACCCCACCCCCUCCCCCACCCCCACCCCCACCCCUACCCCAUGCCCUGGGAUUAUGUUGUAAGGGGAAAAGUGACGGUGGCUCUGGCCACCCCAGGAAGGAACUGUCCCACCCCCACCAAACAGAGCAAACCGCCAGGAAACAUGUGGUUCCCGCAGUUGCCUCUUUUAAUUUUAUUUUAUUAUUUUCCUCUUGUUAGAAAUAAAACUGUUAGCAAUGGUUUUUGGAAA